AGCCUGAGGCUCGAUGGGCGGCUGUGGUGUACCCUUUCACAGAGAAAAUGUGGGUGGCACUGGUCAUCUCCCUAGCCCUCAUCACACUCUUCUUUCACCUAUUCAUCACCAACUCACCCACAUCAGUUUAUACCCACAGGGCAGAUGUGUUGUCAACGAUGGUGUGGCUGAUGAGGAGUAUUGUGAAGCAGGGUUUCUCCAGCAUCCCCAACAUCUCUGGCUGUCGCCCCUUCCUCAUUUGCUGGUGGUUGGCCACCCUAGUCCUCUCCACAUCCUAUGUCAGCAACCUCAUUGCGUUUAUCACUGUCCCUGGACAGCCAAACAAGAUACGCACACUGAAGGAGCUGGUUGAGUCACACCACCCGUUGUACAUUGCAGAUUACGGGUCCUUUAUUCCUAGUUACAUGGCGACUUCAAAUGAUCCUCUGUACUUAAAGAUGUCACAGAAGCUCAAUUAUCUGCUGGAGUACUCUGAUAUCAUUGACCAGGUCUACCAGAGUGAAGCUGCCUUCCUCGAGGGCACUAAUUACAUAGAAUUCUUAAAUAUUCCUUUUGAAUAUUACUAUGUGAGAGAAGUAAUAUGCCCAGUUCACGUAGCCUGGGCUUUCCAGAAAGGAACACCAUGGGUAUAUGUGUUUAACAGGUAUCUGACGAGAAUUAAGGAAUCGGGUUUGAGUGAUAAAUGGCGUCAAGAUGUGGUGAAAAAUUUCCGGCUUUCCCGAGGCAAGUCCCCCUGGACAAAGAAGUCAAAGGACACAUCACAACGAGCCCUGUCCCUGACUGACCUGCUGAGUUCCUUCUUUAUUCUAGUCCCUGGGAUAAUUGCAGCUUUAUUCACAUUCAUAAUUGAAAGGGUAGUUGCUCAUAACACUGUUAGUAAGUAAAUACAUAUACUGGGCAGUAAUAACAGAUUUUAGUUUUAUGAUGCUGAGAUGAUAUGUAGGUGCACCUGUUCCCUAUCCUUUUCCCAUCACAUCACCUCACCAUUCUGCAGAUUGGAGUCAAGAGCAUUUUAUUUGACACUUGAGUAAUAAAACUAUAAAAAUGUAAGAAAUGCUUGCAUUCAGAGAUAGUAGAGGACUGCCUGUUUUGCAUCCUUAGUCUAGCUACUAUUGCAAGGUUCAUUUAGGCCAUUCUGGUAGCUUUACUACAGUUUAAACAAAACGAGUUGCUAGAUUUCACAAAAUGCGCAUGCCACUGUACCAGAUGGAACUGUGGCCAAAUGUACAUAUGAUUUUUCAUGACCGUGCAUAAUGAUAACUGAUCAGUGGUGAAGAGGAAAAAGGCAUGAAACAGCUGAAAAUUUAGUGUCAUGAAAAAAUGCUGUCCCUCACUCAAUCGAAGUGAAGGGAUAUGUACCCUGUACCUCUGUUCUCCCUUAUACAAGUAAUCAAUGUCUAUGGGCACCUCUUGGCCUAAUCAAGGCAGUUUUCCCUCUGGUGUUCAUUCUGUACGUAAUGUUACCUGGUAGUUUUUUAUAGUUCAAAACAUGUGAUUAUUGAGUAUUUAGAAUUAUCCAUUACAAUAUGUUCCUGUAGCCAGCUGAAAUUACCAUUUUUCGAUGUGAUAAAUUUUCAUGAAAGUAUAGAUUCUAACCGUUACAUAAUAUACACUCAUGCUGUGCUAUUAUAUGAUCAUAAUAGUACCAUUACCCUUAGUGAAAAAAAAAAACUUUGCUUCUCACAAUAAGUAGAAAGAGACUGACCACAUGCUAAUGAAAAUUAUGUUGAUGAAGCUGUAUUAGGUCUGCAUCAUGCUAGUGGUGUAAUACAGUAGCUGUAAUUUGAGAGCUUUGUAUAGCAAUAGUUUAACAAUUUACCUUAAUUCUCAAUAAUUUAUAUUUUAUGUGUUCACAACUUGCUUUGUAACCAAUGAAUUUUUCUUCUGGAUAAACUUUUGUAAUUGUUUUUUUUUUCAAAUGUUGUAUAUGUUAAAAAUUAUUUUCAAUUCAGUGUAACUUCAACGGGAUAUAUGAUGUUUGUGGCAACUUGGGGAUGUGUGAUGCUCUUAAGAGCUAUUUGUCUCUGAGGAGGUUGAAUGAUCUCCCAUAAGGUCUACGUGAAUCUUCUAGGGGUGCUCAUAAGUUGCUAGUUGUGUACAGUUAGUAAGGGCAAUGUGAUGACACCAAAGGCUGUCUGUCACUGCUAGGGACUGUGAGGCUGCCAAGGGCUGGGUGCUGAGGCUUGUCUGAGCCCCCUACUAUAGAGGUAGUUGGGUUACCCUUAUGGAGCCCUGUGUACACAGGUAGUAGUAGAACCAUAAGGGCAACCUAACCUAGCAGUA